CGGAUUUUGCGGACGUUAGAUGGACUUUAUGCUUGAGAGGCACCGCGAACAUGGGGGGUUGGAAGGAUGGACUUAAUGAAGGCAAAUCAGCAGACGGGCUAUAAAAUGGAAGCACACCUCAUCCGGCUGGGCUCAGCACGACGAACGUCGGUGGACUCUAGUGGAUCAAAAUUCCGUUUCUGGGCAUGCAAAAGAUGGUUGGAGACAAGACGGUGGUGCUCAUCACCGGUUCGCGCCGAGCGCACCGUUUUGAGCGUCGCGCAGAGGCUGACGUGGAGCGUUGCAGGCGCCAACUCCGGCAUUGGCUUCGAGACGGCGAAGCUGUUUGCGACGACGUCGGACGAGUUCUGCGUGAUCCUCGCGUGCAGGACCAGGGCCAAGGGCGAAGAGGCUGUCUCGAGGAUCCAGGCAGAGGGAGCAGCCAAGGGUGAGCUGUACGCCGUGCAGCUCGACGUGUCGGACGCGUCUUCCAUCCGGCAGGCGGUCGAAAGAGUGUCGUCGGACGUGGGCAGGGUCGACUUCCUGAUCAACAACGCGGGCAUCAACGUCCAGAUGCCGGACCUGGCGACGCAGAUGCGCUGUCUCUUCGCGGUGAACACGGCAGGCCAAGCGGCCGUGACGGAGGCGUUUAAGCCGCUGGUCCAGAAGUCUGACAGGCCGCGCAUCGUCUUCGUCUCCUCGUCCGUGGGCUCCAUCGGGCUGCGCUGCGACCCGAGCAACAAGUCGUACCACGGCAGCGCGAUCGCGUACCGGGUCAGCAAGGCGGGAUUGAACAUGCUCGCGGCGUGCUACGCCAAGGAGCUCGGCGAGCAGUUCGGAUGCAAGGUGUGGGCGCUGGACCCAGGCCUGGUGGCGACGAACCUGACGGGCGACGCGGACCGUCUGCGGCAGAGAGGGGCUGCGGAGCCGGUAACGAGCGCAAGGACAAUCAUGGCGACGUGUCUGGGGGAGAGGGACGGAGAGGUAGGAAAGCUGAUCCACAAGGACGGAGUUCAUCCGUGGUGAGAGUGCGCUGUGCAGUCAGAGAGGAUGAUGGGCUGAAUAGUUGCUGUUGUUUUUGUUGUUUAUUGUAGAUGUUGCAGGUGAUGGCGUAGUCGCUGUCGCCGUCGCCGUCGCCAUCGCCGCUGCUUUUGUCUUUCACGCCGCGAGCAAGGCUGCGGCUUGGUCUCAGCCUUGCCCCGCUUCGGGCCAAGGACGACUGGACUUGAGCCGGCACGUCAGAGCCUCUGGGCUGAUGAGUAAUGAAACUUUAGUGGGCUCGCCUUUGAGCUCGCAGCGCACAGCGGCUCCUCAGCAGUGGUCACAGGCUUGCUGCGCUCGUGCGCAGACUUUCCACCGACGAGCGAAGAAUAAAAAAGAAUGAAGCUGUUCAAACAUUACAUUUUUCCCCUAGGAAAAGGUCGCUGUGGCUCCCAUCACCUAGAGCC